AUGUCGCCCUCGAAUCCCAAACUCGCCGCUGGCGGUGCGUUUCACACGUUCCAAGGGGUCAUCCCCAAGAAGCAGCCCGCUCCUUCGAGUAGCACAAGGCCCAGGGUUGCCGGUGCCAGACGAAUAACGACUCCCCAUGCCUGCACAGAGUGCAAGAGACGCAAAAUCCGCUGCGAUGGCAAGCUGCCAUGUGGUCAAUGCAUCACCAGCCGAGCUCCCAAGAGCUGCUCAUACGACAAGCACCGACAGCGAUUGAUUCCGUCCAGAAAAGCCCUCGACACCUUGUCUCAGUCCCUGGAGGAGUGCCGCUCAGUCCUUCGACGCCUCUAUCCAAAUCACGAGGUGUCUACUCUCCUGCCAUUGACCACGCAGGAGCUUAUCGAGCUCUUGGCCCAACCACAAAGCAGAAGUGACGCUGCUCUACCGUCACCGCCCCUCGAAACCGCCUUUCUGAAGCAAGAGACAUCACCCACGCAGUCUGAGCCGAUUCUACCACUGCCAUCGUCUCUAGAGGCCGAUCUUGACACACUGAUUGGAGAGCUCGAGUUUGAGAUACCACCCGAGCAAUUCGAGGGGGAAGGGAUGGCCAGUCUCCUCGCCCAACAAUCAUGGUGGGAUUUCAAUGCGAAGCAAUGGGACUCGGUGCAAGCACCAUCCUUCGGUGAAGGUCAGGUAUACGGUGCUGGGGUUGCAGGGCCCUCGAUUGCAACUCAGAACUCGGUAUUCAAGGACGAGCACAGCAUCUACAGCUCACUUGGCUUGAGGUAG